GCAGAGCGGCCUGAAAAUCAAUUUGGGAUUUCACUAGUUAGUCAGUAGUCUGACAGAGACAUACGAGGGAAGAGCUCAAUGUCUUCCAUGGCAGCUAGGGUUUUCAAUGGUUGCAGGACACUCUUAGCUCCUGCUACAUCGACAUCCAAGUCCUCCGCCGUUGCUGCCGCUGCUGCUUCGAAAAAAUCUAAAAUCACCGAAACGGCUAAAGAGAAGGCAAAAUCAAAAACAGCAGCAUCAGCACCACCUCGAGCCUUUGUGAGGCCUAGUGGAAUUCAAAAGGUGAGCCCUGUCUCCCCUGCCCUCGCUCGUUUCAUAGGUUCCUCUGAAUCAUCCCGCAGCGACGCCGUCAAGAAGAUCUGGACGUAUAUCAAGGCAAACAAUCUCCAGAAUCCCUCAGAUAAGAGGCAGAUUGUUUGUGAUGAGAAGCUGAAGACUCUGUUUGAUGGUAAAGACACAAUUGGAUUCCUUGAGAUAGCGAAGUAUCUUUCUCACCACUUUGUUAAGACUGGUUAAUUGCUGAUUCAAAUAUCAACUUUGGGUUUGGUGGGUCUGGAUUGGUGCCCCUACUCAUUACUUCUCAAGCACUUACAACCAUUUUUUCCGCGUUUUGGACUGUCAUGUUGAUAUUAACUUGUUUGGGAACAGAACUUUGUGGGCUGGCUUUGUCAAUGAACAGGUAAUUAGCAGGCUUGUUGUAAAAGUUUGCCUAGGAUAAACUUGUAGGCCUUGUAACGUGGUUUCAUGAUUCAUCUUGCUGUUGCAAGUUGGUUAUGCUGAAUUUCCUCUUUUUAUUUUUAUUUUUGUUUUUAUUUUUACUCCAAAGCAAGACAGACUUACAGUUAUGGUGCACGUGGUUGUGCCUUUUGCAUGUAAGUUAGAAGGUAGAGUACAUGAGGAUUAUGCAUGUAACUAAGCUCUGUUAAGCACAUUGUGAUGCUUCUUGCUUAUUUCUCCA